CAAUCUGUCAGGUCGGCCUUUAAUUUUUAUAUUUCAAUCGCAGUAAACAGGAAAUUUGUUUUUGUUUUAAUUUAUAAAAUGUCAUUUAAAAAUAUUAUAAAUUGAAAAAUAACAAAUUUUCUUCGUGUUUCAUCGCGGAAAAUGAUAAAUAAUUGUUUAAAAAUUAGUGGUGUGCGUGGUUUAUCGGUUUUUGUGCGUUUUUCGUCGGUAUUUUAAACAAUUAAGAAUUCGGUAGCUGACAUUGGUCGCCAAAGUGUCAUGUUUUGACAAUCUGGCGACCAAUGUCAGUUCGGAAUAUAUUACCUUUUUAUGUGUACUGUGGUACAUACCUACUCAGUUUUAUAGAAACAAACAAAAAUUUUUGUGUACUCAUAUAAAAGCGAUUGAAACAAUUAAAAACAAAUUAUUAAAAAUCAAAACGCUGUGAAUGAGCAAAAAAACUCAACAGAAUAGGUUAACAAACUGAUUAAAAAAAGAGACCUAAUGCCUACGUGUCAAAUGAAAAUUGAAAUAGAAAAUUCAUAUUUAUGGAAUUUUGGUCACUGGAGGAAACGAGGUGUAACAGAAAUCACACCUAUACCAUUCUAUGGUAGCUUUCCUAGUAUGGUUACCAAAAAACGAGCUGUUAUCUAUGACCAGGAUGAUAUUUAUAGGAAAUAUCACCAGGAUGAAGAUUUUGUUGGUGUUUACAGUAUUCGCUCACCAGAGCUGAUGGUACUUAACCCUGAAUUUGUGCACAAAGUUUUUGUAACAGAUUUUAAGAGCUUUCAAGUUAAUGAGAUGUCAACUUGGAUAAACGUUAAAAAGGAAAGGUUUUUCAGUCACAAUCCAUUUAGUUUAAAAGGAGAUGCUUGGAAAGAACGUCGACAAGAAAUUACAUUUGCAUUAACACUAAAUAAGAUAAAAUCUGCUUAUCCAGUAGCUCAGGAAACAAGCACAGGACUCAUUAAAUACAUGAAAGACAAAUACAGAUCUACAACAGCAAAGGAAGUUAAUGCCAGUGAGUUAAGUCUACGAUACACUUCCGAAGUUGUAACGGACAGCGUUUUAGGUUUCAAUGCAGCAAAUUUUACUGAUAAACCGUCACCAAUAUUCGGCACUACUGAUGCACUAUUUGAUAAAACUACAAUUUUCUCAAUAUAUGCAGUAUUAGCUGGAUUCUGGCCAAAUAUCAAACACAUUUACAAAGGAAGAAUCUUUCAAAAAGCACAUGAAAAUUUUUUUACAAAACUUAUUGGUUCAGCUUUUGAUGCUCAUCAACAACAAAGAAUGAAUCGCGGUGAUUUUUUGAGUUACAUCAUACAAAUGCGGGAGAAGAAAGACCUCUCGUUAGAUGAUAUUGUUGGCCAUACAAUGACUUUUUUAUUGGAUGGAUAUACAACUUCGGCAAUGGUUAUGUCAUUGUGUUUAUAUCAGUUAGCUAAAUAUCCAAAUGAACAAGAGAAAAUUUUCAUUGAAAUUCAAGAAAACCUCAACAGCAAGGGAAAACUAGAUUUUGAAAAGCUUGACACGAUGACAUAUUUGGAACAAUGCAUUCAUGAGAGUAUGCGACUUACUCCAUUAAAUCUGUUUUGGAAGAAAAUUUGUACUGAACCAAUUGUGUUUACCAAUAGUAAAAGUGGAAAAAAUCUUCUACUUAAACCUGGAGAUGUAGUUCGUGUCCCAAUUUACAGUUUUUGCCAUGAUGAACAAUAUUUUCCAAAUCCCGAGGAAUUUAUUCCAGAUCGUUUUAGUCCAGAAAAUGGAGGUGUCAAAAAAUACCGUGACAUGGGUGUAUUUUUGCCAUUCGGUGAUGGGCCAAGAACUUGCAUGGGCAUCAAAUUCGCACUAACACAUAUUAAGGCUGCUAUUGCUGAGAUUGUUAAGAAUUUCACAUUCAAAUUGAAUUCAAGGACAAGAAGAGAUAUACUUUAUCAUCCAACUUUUGUUUUUGCAAAUCUCGUUGGUGGAAUUUGGUUAGACUUUGAAGAAAGGAAAUAAUAAUUUUAUUAUUUUUUUAAACAUUACUUACUUACAUUAUACUAAUAUUGUUAAGAGGGUAAAGGAAUAAAACUUUUGUUGGAAUUGAAUGAAUAAAAUUGAAUAAAACGCAAACAUUU